CAGCAAGCCUGUAGGAGCUCUUAACUACAACACCAACACUGUCACUCCGCACUGACAAACUGCGGGAAGGAUUUCUAGCCGUUUGACUCUCCGGCUUUUGCUUAUUUAUCCACCGCCUCGAAUGAAACGCAUUGGAGUUUCUGGCGUUUUAAGGGGAGAAAUAAUGCAGCACUGGAAAAGGAUGCAAGUCUCACUAGUCCCCCCCUCGGAAUAAUGCCAAAUGGAUGCUGUGCUAAGAGAGUUACCCCCUCACCAAAUGCUAUGGAGGUAUGCCAAGGUGUGCAAGUGACCUUUACCACACCAUGAAUGCAAGCACUGCUGUUAAAGGAGGACACAAGUAACCUUUUCUUGUUAUCUAACAAGGAGCGGUUGAUCUGAAGAGAGGAGGGGGCAAACAACGCGGAGAGAAGAAUCCCGUAAAACAAACAAACAAACAAACAAACAAACAAAACACACAGCGACAGGAUGCCAAAGCGGUCUGAGGAGAUGCUCAUGGAUCUGUGGCUGUCCUUGCUGCUGGUGUGGAUUACUUGUGUUCUGUCCGUGUCUAUGACUCCUAUCAUAGGCCAGUCCAAAAGUACACAAACUGGUGGGUCCGCAGUGGUGGCGAGCGGUGUUGGCGAAGGACAAAGAUUACUAAGCCGCGCCAAGAGAGGAUGGGUUUGGAAUCAAAUGUUUGUGCUGGAGGAAUUUUCUGGACCAGAUCCAAUUCUAGUUGGCAGGCUUCACACAGACAAGGUGGACAAUGACACAGCCAGAUACAGCCUUGCAGGUGAGGGGGCAGGCACCAUCUUUGCCAUCAAUGAGAAGACAGGUGACAUCCACGCGAUGAAGAGGUUGGACCGCGAGGAGAAGGCUGAAUACACACUAACCGCCAAAGUCACUAAUGGUAUUACAGGCCAGCUUCUGGAGCCCAUGACUGAGUUCAUCAUCAAAGUCCAGGACAUAAAUGACAAUGCACCAAAGUUCACCGAAGGCCCGUAUCAUGCCGCUGUUGAAGAAAUGUCUGCUGUUGGUACCUCAGUUAUCACAGUAACAGCUACAGAUGCCGAUGAUCCGGUGUACGGAAACAGCGCUAAGCUAGUCUACAGCAUACUGGAGGGACAACCAUAUUUCUCUGUUGACCCCAACUCAGCAACCAUAAGAAUUGCUCUGCAUGGGAUGGAUCGUGAGAUGAGAGAGGAUUAUCAGGUGGUCAUUCAAGCUAAAGACAUGGGAGGUCACAUGGGUGGUUUGUCUGGAACUACUACUGUCAGCAUCACACUACAAGACAUCAAUGACAAUCCACCAAAGUUCUCUAAAAGUUUGUAUGAGUUUGUGAUCCCUGAAGACCUACCAUUAGGGAAAGAGGGUGGCAAGGUGAAAGCAAAUGACCGCGACAUCGGUGAGAAUGCCAAGUCGACGUACAGCAUCAUCGAAGGAGACGACCAAGGCGUGUUUGAGAUUAUUACGAACGCAACGACACAGGAAGGGAUUCUACAGCUCAGAAAACCUUUAGACUAUGAGAGCAAGAGAAACUACACACUCAAAGUUGAAGCUACCAACAUCCGCUCAGAACCCAGGAGUAAUGGGCCCUUUAAGGACACAGCUACAGUGAAAAUUGUGGUUGAAGACUCAGAUGAGCCUCCUGUUUUCUCCAAACCUAUGUACUUAUUAGAAGUGGACGAGAACGCGCCCAUCAACAAGAUCAUAGGCACAGUCACUGCCAGGGACCCGGAUGCUACUGGGAGCCCUAUCAGGUACUUCAUUGAUCGACACACAGAUCUGGAGAGGCAGUUCAACAUCAAUGUGGACAAUGGCAGGAUCACGCUGGCCAAACCAUUGGACAGAGAGACAGACAUGUGGCACAAUAUUACAGUAACAGCCACAGAAGUCAGAAAUCACAGUCAGAUAUCAAGGGCAGUUGUGGCCAUCAGAGUAAUGGACAUUAACGACAAUGCACCCGAAUUUGCCACCGAAUACGAGGCCUUUUUAUGUGAAAAUGGAAAGCCUGGACAGGUGAUCCAGACUGUCAGUGCGGUGGACAAAGAUGACCCAAUCCAGGGCCAUUACUUUGACUAUCGUUUAGUCCCUGAGAUGCUAAACAACCCCAAUUUUACCAUCAAAAACAACCAAGACAAUUCAAUCAGUGUCCUAGCCAAGCAUGAUACCUUCCGACGACAGAAACAGGAGAUGUACUUCCUGCCAAUCAUUGUGACGGACAAUGGGAAUCCGCCGAUGAGCAGCACCAACACCUUGACGAUCAGAGUCUGUGGGUGCAGUAAGGAUGGCAUUGUCCAGUCUUGCAACGUGGAGGCGUAUGUCUUACCCAUUGGACUUAGUAUGGGGGCUUUAAUUGCCAUCCUUGCCUGCAUUAUACUACUGCUAGUAAUAGUAGUACUAUUCGUGACCUUGAGGAGACACAAGAAUGAGCCUCUGAUUAUCAAGGAUGACGAAGAUGUGAGGGAGAAUAUUAUCCGUUAUGAUGAUGAAGGAGGAGGUGAGGAGGACACCGAAGCAUUUGACAUUGCCACGCUGCAGAACCCAGAUGGCAUCAAUGGGUACCUGCCACGCAAGGAUAUCAAGCCUGACCUGCAGUUUAUGCCACGGGCAGGUCAACAUUCGGGUCCAAAUGGUGUGGAUGUAGAUGAAUUCAUCAACGUACGGCUCCACGAGGCAGACAAUGAUCCAACAGCACCACCUUACGACUCCAUCCAGAUCUAUGGAUACGAGGGCCGGGGAUCCAUUGCUGGCUCCCUCAGCUCACUGGAGACAGCGUCAUCAGACUCUGACCAGAACUAUGACUAUCUCAGAGAAUGGGGUCCACGCUUCAGAAGACUUGGGGAGCUCUACUCUGUGGGUGAGAGUGACCGUGAGACCUGACCUUUGAUUUCUUAAAAACAAACAAACAAAAAAAAAGACUUAAGAUUUUUUUUUCUGUCCACAUACUUGUGUAUUGAACGCUAGGGGGUUUGUUGGCUUUUAGAAACUGGUGUUUAAAAAGAAAAAAAAAACAGUU